GAUCAUCUUCUCCGACCCUCCGACCUCUUCCAGAACAUUCAGCCGCUUUCUCCAUUACAACCUUCUCGAUUUCUCUCGCACCCGCUCCAUUCCCCCAUCCCUCUGCACUUAAAUCCACCCACAGCACUCCUCCCCCUCCUACUCAUCUAAAUCAACAAACACAUCCUCACCUUCUCCUAACUUCGCUCUCGAUUGUCUUCUUUCAUGGCCUACGCAGCCGCAUCACUUGCUUUUUCUCCUUGUUCUUCCCACAUUGCAAGGCAAACUGCAAGGCUCCCUCGAUCCCCCGCGCUCUUUCCAUCUCUUUCCCGCAUGAUGCGCCGCCGCUCCGUCAUGGCCGCUGCCACCGACGAGAAGAAGGAAAACACAUCUCUGCAAGUGAAGCAGGAAUCCUCCUCAAUCGAACCCCGAGCUUCUCGGCGCUCUGCUUUCGAACUCUCACCUUUUGGCUUCGUUGACUCGCUGUCGCCGAUAAGAACGAUGAGGCAGAUGCUUGACACCAUGGACAGGAUAUUCGAGGACGCGUUUGCAUUUCCUGGGACGACGGCGGGGGAGGUGCGGACGCCAUGGGACAUAAAGGAGGACGAAAAGGAGGUGAAGAUAAGGUACGAUAUGCCGGGACUGACUAAAGAGGAGGUGAAGGUGUCGUUGGAGGACGACGUGCUGGUUAUUAAGAGCCAGCAUAAGGAAGAAGGUGGGGAGGGGAAGGCAGGGGAAGAUGGGUGGUGGAGGGGAAGCAGUGCUAGUGCUUACAACAUACGGCUGGUGCUGCCUGAAGCAUGCGAGAAGGAGAAGGUGAAGGCGGAGCUUAAAAAUGGGGUUUUGUUUGUUACGGUUCCGAAAUCGAAGGUGGAGCGUAAGGUUAUUGAUGUGGAAAUUCAGUGAGCGGAAUUGGUUUGUGCUUCGUGUGGGUUGGGAAGAAAUGUGUUGUUUGGUCAUGAAUAAAUAUAUAUGCGGCUUUAAGUGCAGAGUUUAGUGUAGAAAACACUGAAAAAUUAUACUGUUUGUUUGAAUGAUGCAGGGGUGUGAAGGGAAAAAGAAUAUUGAGAGACUUCGGACGUAAAGUUACGUUCGAAAUAACGUAUGUGAUGCAUCAAAUUGAGCUGAGAAAAAAAAAUGUCUGUGGUGUAUUGUGUUCGUUGUCAGGAUGUAGCUUGUGUCCGGAAUCCAGAGUCUAUAUUUUAUCAUAUGAAAGACGUUCAUAACAUUUUUGAAUUUGAAAUAACCUCUUCCUAUUCGAUC